AUGCAGUCGCAGUAUGGGCUUCCCGAGAUCCAGCAGUUCAUGGCAGACGGUGGCUGCUCCCCCCUCUUCUCCAUCUCUACCGCCGACGUCCACCCCUCUUCCCAGCCGCAGAAGCCGCAGCACCACCACCAUUCCCACUCCCUCCACCACCAGCAGCAGCAACUCCACCACCACCAGCAUCUCCAUCUCCACCACCAUCACCACCCUCAGAUGCAACUCCGGCAGCCGCCACCGCUCCCGCCGCCUCCUUCGCUCCAUCACUUCCACACCGUUCCGAUGACUCAGCAGCUGUUCCACCAUGGCCAUCAAUUCCACCUCUUCCAGCAGGAACAGCAAAGGAGGAUACACCAGCAACUCGUGCAGCUGGGUCUUGACCACGACUCAGGCCCAGAGAACUCCACCUCGCCGACGAGGAUUAUCGCCGCCGCCUCGGGCGGGGGUGGUGCCGGCAUAUCUCCCUUUCUCAGCGGCGUUGAUUUCAAGCUUGGGGUCAACGACAGCAUCGGCGGCGGCGACAGCAGGGAGAGGCUCAACGAUGAGGAGGGCAUCCUCCAGGUUGACGACGGGGAGGAGAUCCACCACAUCCACCCGUGGACGACAAGAGAGGACUCCAACAUUAAAGAACCUUUCUGGUAGGCUUCAUUCCUCCUCUUGCUCUCUCUGAACAAACUUCAGAUGGAAGAUAGACCAGAUCCCCAAGGCGCUGAAAGUUCCCAUAUUUUCUCGGCGCCCCUUUCGGAAUGGCUUUCCAAUCUCCGACGCUAUGAUUGCAGCCAAAAAAUUGAAGAUUUUACUCGUGUCUUUCUUCCCAAUGAUGAUUCAAUCAAGGCUGGAGCCUGAUUCAGUGCACGCCAAAGUCGUUAAAAAUUCUGUUGUUGGAGCCUGAUUCCGGAGGAGUUUUUGACUAUUGGGUAGAUUUUGAUUGAAUUGAUCUGAGAAAACCUUGAGGUUUUUAACCGUGGGUACUUCCGCAGGAGGCCGCUGGAUAUUGACUAUAGCAAUAGGAACAGCAAGAGGUGCAAGGAGAAGCAGCCUGACGCCUCCAACAGCGCCAGUAAUUUCAAGCUCUUCAGCGAGUUAGAGGCCAUCUGCAAGCCCAUCAACAGCAGCGGAGACUGCGGCGGGGGCGGGAACCGCCCCAGCGUGAACAACAAUCAGCAGACUGGCUCAGGCUCAGUUCUCACCGGUGAGAAUCCACCGGCCAUUUCCACAACUCCGAGGGCUGACUAUGGCCACAACACGGAGACCGCAGACCAGGGCUCAGACUCAUCCACUGGAGAAGAGGCGGCGCAGAUCCAGAAACCCACCAAGAGCGACGGUGGCAAGAAAAGGAAACGGCGGCAGCACCAGCUGAGCUCCAUCGCAGCCUUCAUGGAAGGCCUAGUGAAAAAGCUGAUGGAGCACCAAGAAGGCCUCCACCGCAAGUUCCUGGAGAUCCUCGACAGGAGAGACCGGGAGAGGAUGGACCGGGAGGAGACGUGGAGACAGCAGGAGGCCGCCAAGGCCACGAGCGAGGCCAUGGCCAAGGCGCAAGACCAGGCGCUGGCCACCUCCCGGGAAGCCGCCAUCGUCUUCUUCUUGGAGAAGAUCACUGGAGAGAGCCUCAACCUGCCCACCAGAGAGCAGUUCCACUCGCCGCCUCAAGAGGAGACCUCUCAUAAGGAAGAGCCCAAGCAUGUCGACGGCACCAACCCGGCGAUCGUCAUCAACCCAAGCCGGUGGCCGAAGGCGGAAGUGCAGGCCUUGAUCCAGGUGAGGAGUAACCUAGAGUCGAGGUUCCAGGAGCCCGGUCUGAAGGGACCGCUCUGGGAGGAGGUGAGCUCCGCCAUGGCCGCCAUGGGCUAUCAGAGGAGUGCCAAACGGUGCAAGGAAAAGUGGGAGAAUAUAAACAAGUACUUCCGCAAGACGAAGGAUAGCAUCAAGAAGAGGUCUCACCACUCCAAGACCUGCCCCUACUUCCACCAACUGGACCAGCUCUACUCCAAAUCCCCCGCCAAGCCGCCCCCGCCGGUGGCCGCCGCUGCCGAUAGGGGGGACAUGUCGGAGCUCCUCCACACCGUCAUGGCGGCCAACGACGAGACCCACGAAGCGGACAGGUCUGCAAUAACUGGAAAAGGGGCCUUAAAGCUCCCAUGGAGAAAGCCGAAUAACUCGGAGGACAAUGACGACGACGACGACGACGACGACGACGACGACGACGGUGACGACGACGAAGGCGAAGAUGAGGGCGAGGAAGCAGACAGGGAGAGCCAAGGAGAAGGCAGCGGGGACCCGAGGUCAUGA